AUGGGCAACAAUCGUUCUCGUGUAACACCUGUACGACCAUUGAAAAUAUUAGAUUCUCAAACACGUGCACGAUAUAAAAAUCAGCAAGAAUUAAUUAAACUACAAGUUAAACUUCGACAAUUAAAAUUUCAAGAAAAUGAAGCACUUUCUCGAUUAGCUUUUGAUCAACAUGAUGCUAAAAUGAAAUUACAUGAAUUACGACAUGAAAGUGGACAAAGACAACUUUUCAAAAAAUUUAAUCGACGUAAUCGACAAGAUAGUACAUCAUCAGUCAUUGAAUCUGAUAUUAGUGAUGAAAGUGAUGUAUCAGUAUCAGAUACUCCAAGCCUUCUUCUUCAUAAUCACAAUGCAUCAAUAGAAUGGGAAAAAAGUAGUUUUUUUCCAGAUGAAAAAUAUGAUAUAACAAAUCCAACAAAAUCAUCUAAUGUUUUUCAAACAUUUCAAUUACGAUAUUUAUCCAAACUCGAUCCUAGUCGUCAUUUAUUCGAACAAAAUGAAUCAUUUGUAUCAAAUGAUCAUCUAUCUUUAAAACAACAUACGGAAAUUUUGAAAAAAUCAAUUAAAAUUUCAGUAGCAAGAGCAGCACGUGAUUCACGAGUUGUUGCUCGUCGUAAAACUCAACUUUAUUAG